AUAACCCCGCAAGUACGUCAUAAUAUUUUACAAAUAGUAACUUGUCUAUUUCAUGUGAUAUUGAGCCAACGGAAUUACAUCCUGACGAACUACAGCUAGCAUUAGCUACCUUUUUGCUAGCUAGUGACUGAUAGCGAGAAUAGACAGCUGCAGCCCACAUCAGAUGCCAUGGAGUCGUGCGAUGAUGGCGGCCUCAGCGUGGGCUCUUCCUCUAUAGAAGAGAACUACUUCCAGGGCUACACAUUUACAGACCGCUCACACUCCAGCCGUGUGGUCAAGAGCAUUAUGGACCUGUGUUUGGAGGAUGGCUUGUUUGCAGAUGUCACCAUCACUGUGGAAAGCAGAGAGUUCCACUUACAUCGCCUAGUCCUUUCUGCCCAGAGCAGCUUCUUCAGGUCCAUGUUCACCUCAAACCUCAGAGAAACAUACGAUCGCCACAUUGAGCUGAAAGACGUUAGUGCACCAGUCUUUCAGCUGCUGGUGGACUACAUCUACCACGGCACCAUCAAGCUGCAAGUGGAAGACCUGCAAGACACCUACGAAAUGGCUGACAUGUACCAGCUCACAGCUCUGUUUGAGGAGUGCUCCCGCUUCCUCUCACGAACCGUAGAUGUCAAGAACUGUCUUCAUGUGAUGUGGUUGGCAGACAGACACAGCGACCAGGAGCUCUAUACAGCAGCUAAGCACUGUGCUAAGAUUCAUCUGGUACAGCUGCACCAGACAGAGGAGUUCCUCAACCUCCCAUUACGUCUCCUCAUCGACAUCAUCAAAGAUGGUGUUCCAAGUUCCCAAAAUCCAACUGCAGCAAUCGGGUCAUGGAUAAACCACAACAAAGUUGAACGAGAGGAGUUUGCAGACAGGCUCUCUGAUAGCCUAAAGGAGAUUGGAGAGAAUGUACACAUCUACCUUAUAGGCAAGGAGGAGACGCGGACACACUCGCUGGCCGUGUCACUUCACUGUGCUGAUGAUGAUGCCAUCAGUGUGAGCGGCCAGAACAGCCUCUGCCAUCAGAUCACAGCAGCCUGCAAGCAUGGAGGCGACCUGUAUGUGGUGGGUGGCUCCAUUCCACGGAGGAUGUGGAAGUGUAACAUGCGCACCAUGGAUUGGGAGCGGUGUGCGCCGCUGCCUCGUGACCGUCUGCACCACGCGUUGGUGUCCGUAACCUCCGAGGAUGCCAUCUACUCACUCGGAGGCAAAACGCUUCAGGACACGCUUUCCAAUGGUGUCGUGUACUACACAGUAAGUGCCAACACAUGGACAGAGACCAGCCAGCUGGACACAGCUGUGUCAGGUGCUGCAGGGGUGCACCUCGACGGCAUCAUCUACCUACUGGGUGGAGAAGAGAACGAUGCCGACUUUUUCACCAGGCCGUCCCGCCUUAUCCAAUGCUUCGACACAGCAGCGCAGAAAUGUCGCACCAAGCCAUACGUGCUGCCCUUCGCUGGCCGCAUGCACGCCGCUGCCCAUAAGGACCUGAUCUUCGUGGUGGCUGAGGGCGAUUCGCUGGUGUGCUACAACCCUUUGCUGGACAGUUUCACACGCCUGCGCUUCCCAGAGGCAUGGAGCUGUGUACCCUCGCUGUGGAAGGUAGCCAGCUGCAACGGCUGUAUUUAUGUCUUCCGGGACAAAUGCAAGAAAGGCGAUGCAGACACGCUCAAGCUGAACCCAGCCACAUCCGUCGUGUCCGUUAUCAAAGGGAUUAAAAUCCUUCUCACAAACUGGCAGUUUGUUCUUGCCUGAUGUUGAAGUGCCAUUUUGAAGGGAACUUUGGACAUAGUACAUGGUAUAUGUGGACCAUGUGACGUGUUUGCUGUGAUGCUGAAGAAUUUACAUGUUUGGCUUUUAUCCAAGAAGGCUUACAACUGAGUUGAGCAGAUGAAGGUUAAGGGCCACGCUCAAGGACCCAGCAGUGACAGUUUGGCAUUACUGAGACUUACAGUGCUACCGCUGGCCCAUGUAUAAUGAUGAUGAAAGACAAACUAACUGCCAGCACGAGGCAGUGUUUCUAUAUUUAACUUUUAUUCAGUUGUCUUGAAAAUGCAGUGUUCUGAAAAGCCAUGCAAAAUGUAAAUUAUCAGUGCUUCUGUGGCAUUCAGACCUACAGAUCAGUGUGUAGGUUCACAGGGACUAUAUGGCACACAGUAAAAACAAGCCUUCUUAUAGUUUUAAUAUAACAGUAGAAUGUCAUUACCUUCUCUGGCCUACUGUCCUGGAGUAAGAAUAUGGACUACUGAUCAUAGGAUCAUCUUUAUUAAGAUGCAAAUCUAAUGCUGAUCUGGGCAUGUCAGUGCUGGGUAAUUUGAAGGGUUAACAGGAAGCGUGUGGAUUAAAAAUCUUUUUGUGGUCUUCAGUGAUGUAAAGGUCACUAUGAGCUCACAGCCAAAUAGCUACCGAGUGCAGCGUUACAAAGAUAAGAUAGCUCUAGUCGUCAGGCUAAAUGUUCAAGUACAGGGGUGUCAAACUCAUUUUAGUUAAAUGCCCACAUUACACUUGGGUACUGGGCAUGUUUGCUGAGGUCCAGAUCUAAGUACGAUUGUUCCUGGUGCCCCGCAGUAGUUUCAGACUCACUCGAUUCGGUGUGUUUGCGUUCAUCGUACAUCAUCACAAACUCACACUGAGAACACAACAUGACUUGCCAUACUUUUUUUUAUUAUUUAUUUAUUUUUAAAAAUAAUUUUGUACAGAAAUGCAUCUCAUCUCUUCUGCGUUCCACAACGUUCCUCUGCCACUCAUGGUCCAUGUGGGUUGGGGAAAUGAAUGACAUCAUCAGCAGCAGCUAAAACUCAUGCACAGGUUACUUUACAUCCUGAAGAAUUGCGGAGCCGAGUACCAGUUACACUCACAUCCACGGGAAUCAUAUCACAGUGCAACUGAACUCAGACCUCCUCCCACAGGUAGACAACCACGGCUCCUACUAAGAGUGUUCAUUAAUCAGAAUCUAUAAUCGGACUGAAAUCCACUACAGAAAAAAACAACAAUAACUACUCAUUACAUCUAAACAGUGCCUUGCAUAAGUAUUCCCUUAUGCUUUGAAUUUUUCUGCAUUUAGUAGUGUUGUAACCUGGAAUUGACAUGGAUGAUUGAUGAAAUUAUAUUAAUACAGUGUUUUCACAUAGAAAGUUACUUUUUACUAAUAUAAAACUUACAAAAAAAUCCAAAUAUGCCAUUUAACCCGUCUUGUGCUGCAGUCUCAGUAGGUUUUGCUUGUCUUAUGCAUCACCAAUGCACAGUUUAAUAAUGAAUUAAUCAUAAGUAAAACAUCAUAUGCUGCCUUGCCAGUUUGUUAGCUACUGGAAUCAAGAGUUCAUCAUGCUUUUUGAUCAUGCUUUGCCACUCCAGCAUAUGCAAACAUUUUACUAAUGUAGAACCAUUAUUUUUCUAAAUAAAAUUCCUAGGAGUCUAUUCCAUUGCUUUAUCGUGUACGGAGAGUGGCUGGAUGAGAAAAGAAGGUCUAAAUAAAGAUGGAAGAACUACUUGAAGUAUUCAAUUUCAAUACGUAUUAAAAGUUUUCAGUACAUAUAGAGGCUUAAGUACAGUAACGAAGUACUGAGAAAGACACAUGAUUACAUAGUCAAAUGUACUAACAAAAGGUUAGUUAGUAGCUUAGUUUAUGGCUCAGACCUCUAGCAGUUUUCUCUGAUUAUUGUGAUCAAAAAUGCUUGUUUUUUUUAUUAUUAUUUUUUUAAUCAGAUUGUGAUGCAACAGAGUUUUUUUGUGCUUUUUUUGGGACGAAACCUGUUUCUCUCUCCGUUUUGUUUCAGUCCCUUUUAAUUAACAGCACAGGAUAUAAAUUUGUUUGGAUUAUGCUGUUUAUGAGGCUGUAUGUUUGACACCCCUGCAGUAAACACGAGACACAGGAAGCUCUCUUGCAAAGUAGAAUUUUUAAUGUACUAGUUCUGAGCAGCAGUCGAGUGACUUGUGCAUGUGGAUUGUUAUAUAUUGUGUCUUGUGUGAAAUGUCUCUCGCUGAACAGGAGAAGGGAUUUUGGGGUUGAACAGCUUGAAGUAUUUUGUGAUGGUUCAUAAUGCUUAAUCAUGGAUGCUGAACACACACACACACACAGUACAACUGAUUAUAUACAUAUGAAAUAAUGUGUUCUGCACAAUAAUUACACUGUAAUGAUGCUUGUGAAGGCCAAACAAAGUGACAUUAUCAGUGCAUCCCUUGGUUUGUUUAAUCACAUUUUAUUGGCUAUGGUGAGAAACACAAUCCUAACCAAACAGGAUUUUACUUUUUUCCCCCAAUUCUGUUUAAAAGCUACAAGCCAGCUGGUUCCUCUGAAUGUAAUAUAAUCACAGUGACAUAACUCUUUAUAUGCAUUAAAUGUAAUAAAAAAAAUUGUACUCAAAUGUUUU